UCGUGUGACUCGCGACUCAACGCAAACCUUACCCUCUACAGCACUACUCAAACCACACACAAACAAAAAAAUUAAAAAACAAUGGGACAAGCUCCGUCGUCUCCGGCGGAACCAAGCGUACGCGAUCAUACUUCUCUAUUUCUCAGGUCACCACCGGAGUUUCUCGACUGCGAAUCGAUUGGUUUCGAAGAUGGAGAUCACGAUUUCACGGCAGAUCUGCCGGACGAUUGCCUCGCUCAUAUCUUUCAAUUUCUCAGCGCCGGAGAUCGGAAACGAAGCUCUCUCGUAUGUAAACGGUGGUUAUUCGUCGACGGUCAGAAUCGUCACCGGUUAUCACUCGACGCUAAAGCUGAGAUCCUCCCUUUCUUGCCUUGUAUGUUCGAUCGGUUCGAUUCCGUGACGAAGCUCGCUCUUCGUUGUGAUCGGAGGUCUUUUAGCUUGAGCGAUGAAGCUUUGGUUAUGAUCUCGGUUCGUUGCUCGAAUCUGACUCGAGUCAAGCUUCGUGGUUGUCGCGAGAUUACGGAUCUAGGUAUGGAUUCGUUCGCUAGAAACUGUAAAAACUUGAGGAAGCUAUCGUGUGGCUCUUGUAAUUUCGGUGCUAAGGGAUUAAACGCGAUGCUUGAGCAUUGUAAGGUUCUUGAGGAGUUAUCUGUGAAGAGGAUUAGGGGUAUUCAUGAAUUAGCUGAACCUAUUAAGCUGAGUUUGUCUUCUUCGCUUAGAUCGAUUUGUUUGAAGGAGCUUGUUAAUGGUCAGGUCUUUGAAUCUUUGGUUGCUACAAGAACAACGUUGAAAAAACUUAGAAUCUUUCGUUGUUUAGGUAAUUGGGAUAGAGUUCUUGAAAUGAACGGAGAUGGGAAUAGUUCUUUAACUGAGAUUCAUCUGGAGAGGCUUCAAGUGAGUGAUGUUGGACUCUCUGCUAUAUCUAAAUGUUCGAAUUUGGAGACUUUGCAUAUAGUGAAAACUCCUGAAUGCUCGGAUUUAGGUUUAGCUAGUGUUGUUGAGAGAUGUAAGUUACUGAGAAAGCUUCACAUUGAUGGUUGGAGGACUAACAGAAUCGGUGAUGGUGGUCUGAUGGCUGUAGCUAAACACUGCUUGAAUUUGCAAGAACUUGUGCUUAUCGGUGUUAAUGCGACACAUACGAGUUUGUCAGCCAUUGCUUCCAACUGUAAGAAGCUUGAACGGUUAGCUCUUUGUGGGAGUGGUAUGAUUGGAGACACGGAGAUUGGUUGCAUCGCGGAGAAAUGUGUGGCGUUGAGGAAGUUCUGUAUCAAGGGAUGUCUUAUUUCAGAUGUCGGGAUCAAGGCGCUGGCUUUAGGCUGUCCUAAGCUGGUGAAACUAAAGGUGAAGAAAUGUAAACUGGUUACGAGUGAAGUCAGGGAAUGGCUGCGUGAACGGAGUAUAUUGGUGGUGAGUAUGGAUGGUGAUGAAACCAAUGACACGGGCAUGAUGGAUGGUGGUGAUCAGGGAGUUCUUGAGACUGUUGUUGAGGACCCGCCGCCGGUGGCUGAUGGUAGUGGCGGUGUGGAGGUUGCAGGUGGUAGUAGGUUAGGAUUAGCUAUGUUGAAGACAAAGUUAGGGUUACUUGCAGGAAGGAACUUGGUGGCUAGCACGUUUAGGAGAUGGUCUCAAGGUGAAGCUACUAGUUCCAUUUGAUUGCACCUCUUUUUAUUACAAGAUUUGUGCAUUCAAAACAAAAACUUGCUUCUGUAAUAUUAUGUAUUUGUUUCUGUUUUUAAUUUUCACAAUUCAUUUUCAAGAUUUCAUGGCUUAAGGUUAUUACUAUUACGAAUUUGUUAUUUUC